AUGAUGGACGCCGCGCUGGCCCAGGGGAUCCCUGCCCAGCUGCCGUCGCACGAGGUGUCUGGCGACCUGGCGAUGCUGGCGCAGCGUCUGGGCUCAGCAACCAGCAGCGGCGGCAGCGGCAAUGUCGCCCCGGGGUCGCCGGACGCGGCCCCCACUGCAGCGGCCGCGGCCUCGGCUAGCUUCUGCCGCCUGCUGGCGUCGGUCCUCCGCAGCCAGCAGCAGCUGCAGCUGGCGCCGCAGGCGGUGUCCUGCAUCUCCUCAUCCCUGCGGCAGUGGCUCGACCUGGACUUGCAGGACAGGCCGGGCGGCGCGGCCGCCGCGCCGGGCCCCGCCGAGCGCCUGCAGUCCGACGCGCUCUCGGCGGCGGCGGAGCUGCUGCCGCGCCACAUGCAGCGCCUCGCGCCUGCGGAGCGCGCGGCGCUGCUCGCGGCGCUCGCGGCGCUGCUGCCGGCGCCGGCGACGGCGCCCGCGCCGGCCGCCCGCGGCGCUUCUGCACCCGCUGCGUCGCAGGCCGCCCCGGCGGAUGUGCAGCGGCAGGCAGCCGCCAUCCUUGGGACGCUCUGCAAAGCCGAGGCCGGCGGCAGUAGCACGGGUCCUGGCGGCAGCAGCAGCAGCAGCAGCAGCAGUAACGGCAGCAAGCUGACGGACCAGGAGCUUGCGGCGGCGCUGCGCGCCUUGGUAAACGCGCUCACCGUGUGCUGCAGCGGCGGCGGCGCAGCUUUCGCCGGCGGCCGCAGCAGCGGCAAGAGGCCGGUGGAGGACGUGCGGCACGCGCGGCUGUACGGGCAGCUGCUCCGCAGCUGCACGGCGGCGGUGGCCGCUAGCCGCAAGGGGUGGGGCCAGCACGCGGGCGCGGUCUGCGAGGCGCUGAGGCGGCUGCUGCAGUAUGGGGCACACCCGGCCGCCUCCGCGCCCGCCCCGCCCGUCGCGCCUUCCGCGCCCGCGUCGCCAGCCGGCAAGACGGGGGCCCUGCGAUCGGCGCCGCCGUCGCCGCAGGCAGCGGCGAGCGGCGCCCCGGCGCGGGCGCCGCCGCAGCCCGGGGCGUUGGGCGAGGGCGGCGGCGGCGGGGCGGUGCGCUAUGUCCCGCCCCACCUCCGCUCGAAGGGCGGCGGAAGCAUGGCGGCCGGCAGCGCCAACCAGCCUGCCGCCAGCCUCGCGCCGGCGCAAGCGCAGGCGUCUCUCGAGGCGCCUGGGACGCCGCCUCGGCAGCAGCAGCGGCAGCAACAACAGCAGGAGCAGCAGCAGCAGCAGCAGGGCCCGCCGCGGCGCGGCCAGCGGGCAUCCUGGGAUGACGAUGGCGACGCGAGCGCCAGCGAGAGCGAUGGCGGCUGGAGCGACGCGGAGGGCGGGCGGCCCCUGCUGGCCUGGCGCGGCGGCGGCGGGCGGGGGGCGCGAGAGCCUGCUGAUGGUUCUGGCGACCCCUUUGAGGCGGCGGCGCUGCGCGUGCGCCUGGCGGCGCUGCUGCUGCUGCAGGCAAUGGCGCAAGCAGACCCCCCUGCGCUGCACCCGCACUGGCCGAGCAUCCUGCCCGCGUCGGCGGCCGGCGCGCCGCUGGCGCCGCGGCCGCUGUCGCCGCACCUGCUGACCGUGCUGCUGCACGACCCGUCCCCGCGCGUACGCGCGCUGGCGGCGGCGGUCGCGGCGGCGCUGCUGCAGGGGCCGCAGGCGCGCGCGCUGCUGGCGGUCGCGGAGGCGCGGGGCGCGCCCGUGGGCGGGGCCGGUGGCGGCGGCGUCAGCGCUGGGCGGGCGGCGGCGCAGCCGAGGGGAUUCACGACACUAUCAGCUUCCCUUGGGCAGACGCUCUUGGCGUUGCACCUCGGACUGGCCGCGGCGGCCUGCGGCGCGGACUGCGGCAUCGCGCCCCUCUGCGGCCGCGCCGGCAGCGGGCAAGGCGGCGGCACGGCAGCAGCAGCAGCAGCAGCAGCAGCAGCAGCAGGCUGA